AUGUCUGACCAUCCUACUCUCACUGAUAUACCCAACGAGGUGAUUCUAGAUCACCUAUUACCGGUUUUACAAUUGAGGGAUAUCGUUUCGCUAUCAGCUGUAAAUCGUCAAUUCAACUUAUUGACCUCCGACCCAACAUUUUGGCGAUCCAAGACACUAUCAGACUUCACUUUCCCCACCACAUCCCAUCCUAAUACCUCAUCAUCAAAAGAUUGGUGGAAGAGGGUCUAUCUAGGUUUAUUGAAUCCCAAAGCGUACCUUUGGGGAUCAUCUGAUAACAGUCGGUUGGGAGGUGCGGAAUUGACUUCGACGAGAAAAUACGCUAGAUAUGUAGAUAUACCCUCUGAAAUCCGUUGGAACGACGAUGAUGAGAAAAAAAGUUGGAGUGAUAAUUUGAAAGAUAGUUUGAUUACUGCUUUAUCCACAUCCACUCAGAACAACCACAAUGACAUUAGUGAAGGAAAUGAACGAAGAGGGAAAUCUGGAGUGGUAGAGUUACAAGCUGGAGGAUGGAGUUUUACUGCUAGGACUAGUGAUGGAUCAAUUUGGGUAUGGGGCCAAUUAGACGGUACGAGACCAGGAUUCAGAAUUCAAUCAUGGGAAGAUAAACAUUGUCCAUGUCCACGACCUACUAAAAUCCCUUUACCGUGUAAGGUCGAAUCUAUCUCAGCUGGUAGGAGACACUUGGUGUUACUUGAUUCCGAUAAUUUGAUCUGGGAAUUGAGAUCGUGGGGUAAAGCGCACUUUCAUACUGCACCUGAACUUACUGCUCCCAUCGGACAUGGUAUCACCCGCUCACCACCGCAUAUUAUCCAGCUGUCCACUGGGUGGCAACAUUCAGCAACUUUGACUUCAAAAGGUGAAAUUCACGUGUGGUAUCCUUUUUCUGAAGCUUAUGAGAAUAGCCUAUCGACCGAGCCCAGUGGGAAUAUCGAGAGCAGCGAUAAAGACAAGGAUAGAGAUUUGAAGUAUGGUAAGGUUGGUGAUAAUGUGCUGGUGACAUUGCCGCCUUUACCCCUCAGACCCACAACUAUACUUACAGAGACGGAUGAAGAUGGGUUUAAGAGUAGAAGGAUAUCUGAAUUACAAGAUGAAUGGGAUGGAUAUGAAAGAUCGAGAUCCCCAAAGGUAUUGGAGGAGGAACAGAAAAUAGUGAAAAUUGCAAGUGGAGAAGAUUUCAUUGUUGCGCUGAAGAAAAAUGGGGAAGUUUGGUUGAUAAAAGUUAAAGAAGGUGAAAAUCUUCUUUGGCAAUAUAUGGAAUACUUCUCAUCGCCAUCGAUAACCCAUCUCACCGCUCAAUUCCGAUCUUUCACCACAUAUGCCACUCCCACCUCUUCUUCCGAUAACUCAUCAGCAGUGUAUCAUGCUAGAAUCACAGAUUAUAGCGAACGAUUAGGAGAAACCAUUAUACCUGAUUCUGAGCUAUUGGAAUAUUUGAAAGAUAAAGGUAUCAUCCAAGUUGCCAUUGGAGAUUAUCAUUAUGCAGCUUUGAAUGAUAAAGGACAGAUGUUUACUUGGGGACAAGGUGAUUCGGGUCAACUGGGUAGAGGUCAAGAUAAAUUUGGGAAAACGCCGGUUAGAGUUAUAUUUCCUGAAGACGAGCAAGAAACCGAAGGAGAAGGGGCUUUCAUAUUUAGCAUAACUGCUGGUGGGUGGCAUACUGGUGCGUUAGUCUUAGGUGAUCCCAAACCUAGAUCUAGAUCCGUAAAAGGAAAAGAAAAAGAAGAAGACAAACAAGUGACCGAAGGAGAAGACCAACGGGAAGCGGAAGAAGAGAGUGGAUGGCCAAGAGGAUUACACAACCCUUUCAACAACACUGAGACCGUCCCUGUACCGCCGAAUACACGAGGUGGAGGACCGGUCAGAGCUAUGCCAAUGUAUAGAAUCGGUUUUGCUGGAAGGGGAGCGAAUCUCGGUGGAUUGGUUGGACUGGGCAGAGGUAGAGAUACAGGUGCAGGUGCAGGUGCCGGUGAUACCUCCAAUGCGGAUACACCAGAUCAAGCGAAUAGCGGCCGGGGAGCAGCACCGAUUUUUAGAGUUGGGUUUGCUGGAAGAGGAGCGAAUACGGCGUCUGCAAGAGGGAGAGGGAGAGGAAAAGAGCAAGGCGAUUCUAAUCCACCAUGGUAG